CUAGAAGCGCUCAGUGCAAACGAGAAUGUUGGUGGUGAUAAAACAAUGGGGAAGGGCGACGACGGGAGUUCUGACGACGCCCACACUCCGCUACAGUCUCCCAGAUCGCAUAACACCAGUCGCGACGACGAGGACUCCUCGAACGCCAACGAAUCCGACAAAAGUCCAAACACGAGAGCGAAAGAGGAAACGCAAGGAUUUGUGGAGGAACCGCAGAAAGGGCCGACACAAAGUUGGAAGAAUUUACGUGCAGUCAUGGCUUGCUAUCAUUCACUGCGUAAAAUCAAGAGAACGAAAUCCAAUCAGCGAUGGAUGAAGCUAAGGACGACGGUGCAAAUAUCGUCGGCGAUGCAAAAGAAACCCCCUCUGAAACGAGAAGAUUCGUUUUUGAAGAGGUUUUCCACGCGCCAAAUUCCGGAAACGCAGGAAACGGUCGAGGAUACGGGCAGCGAGGGCGGCAAUGCUGACGAUUCGAAAUCGGCGCCGCGCAGACGACGAAGGAUAAAAAGGAAACCGCUGACCGUCGUCAAUCCCGACGAGAAUUUCUACUUCUACUGGCUGAUGGUCGUUACCGUUUGUUUACUGUACAACAUGUGGACGUUGAUAGUGCGGCAGAGUUUUCCGGAGUUUCAGGUGAUGCUCUCUAGGUUUUGGAUUUCGUGCGAUUUAAUUAGUGACGUUGUGUUCGUUUUCGAUAUCGGAGUGCAAUUGCGUACCGGUUACUUAGAGCAGGGUCUAAUGGUGUACAAUUAUAAAAAAUUAGCGGGACAUUACUUAAAAUCACGUGCCUUUCUUUUGGAUUUGGCGGCCCUAACCCCCUUAGAUAUCUUACAAGUGCAAAUUGGAGUGCAUCCGAUUUUGAGGUUUCCUAGGUUUUUUAAGGUUUAUCGCUCCGUUAAAUUUUAUUAUAUCGUUGAGUCGCGCACAGUAUGGCCUAAUCUAUGGAGAGUGAUCAAUCUAAUACACAUCCUUCUGAUCCUCGCCCAUUGGUUCGGCUGUUUUUAUUAUCUACUAUCGGAAGCUGAGGGCUUUCAGGGUGAUUGGGUGUAUCCAUACCGUCCAGGUGAUUAUGCAACAUUAGCUAGAAAAUAUUUAGGUUCACUUUAUUGGUCUACUUUAACUCUCACAACCAUUGGAGAUCUUCCAACCCCAGAAACAAACGCUGAGAAUAUCAAGUCGGUGGACGGCCCUCGGUCCCUGCCGCGUCGAGGCAUCAAAUCACGCUUGCUUCAGUUCCGAACAAAUAAAGGAUAUGUGUUCACAAUUGUAAGUUAUUUAAUUGGAGUAUUUAUCUUUGCUACGAUCGUAGGACAGGUAGGAAAUGUGAUAACUAAUCGUAACGCCAAUCGUCUGGAAUUUGAACGCCUUCUCGACGGUGCUAAAACGUACAUGCGACACCACAAGGUUCCCGGCGGAAUGAAGCGGAGGGUGUUGAGGUGGUACGACUACUCGUGGUCGAGGGGUCGAAUCCAGGGCGGGGGCGACAUAAACACCGCCCUCGGAUUGCUCCCCGACAAGCUGAAGACGGAGCUGGCGCUGCACGUCAACUUGAGCGUGCUGAAAAAGGUGACGAUAUUUCAAGAGUGUCAGCCGGAAUUUCUCCACGAUUUAGUUCUAAAGAUGAAAGCGUACAUCUUUACGCCCGGCGAUUCCAUCUGCCGUAAGGGAGAGGUGGCGCGGGAGAUGUUCAUCAUCGCCGACGGCAUCCUGGAGGUGCUUAGCGAGAACGGCAAGGUGCUCACCUCGAUGAAGGCCGGCGAUUUUUUCGGCGAGAUCGGCAUUCUGAACCUGGACGGUCUUAACAAGCGCACGGCUGACGUCCGAUCCGUCGGCUACUCCGAGCUGUUCUCGCUGUCGCGCGAGGACGUGCUCGCCGCGAUGAAGGACUAUCCGGAGGCCCAGGAGAUCUUGCAGAAUUUAGGGAGGAAGAGACUGAUGGAGGUGAAGGCCUCCGCGAAACAGGCGCACCAUCGCAAGGACUCCCGCUCGGAGCACGGGAACGUCGACAAGGGACUCGUGGGGAAAAUUAGGCACGAAGCCAAGGGGUUAAGAAAGGUGAUUAAAAAGUCGAGGACCCGUCGAUCCGACGACGAGUGUUUAGAGCUGCAGCCACUUCACGCGAAGGAGGAUGGCGGAACCAAGAGCGUCCUCAAGAGGAUGUCGCGGGUGAAAUCGCACGAUCUGAGCCAGGAGGACUCGGGCAGCAACGAACAACCGCAGAGCGAGCCGGUUACGUCACCGCUGGGAGCCGGACUUCCUCUUCUGGCACGAUUGCGAUUGCUCAAGGAGAAACAAGAACAUGAAGACCGUACAAGUUCGGCGAACGCUUCGUUACUAUCGCCGUGUCCGACGGCGGCGAGAAGUCCACCCCUCCCCGACGAACAACCGACCGGUUCCGGUCUGCCGUUUCUUCAGCGGGUGCUCCUCUUGAAGAACAGAGACGAGCCGUUGACGCUCUCGUGCAGUCAGCCGACGAGUCCGACGACGACGACCACGAUCCCGUCGACGGCGAGCAGGAGUUCGAUAUCGUUUCCGGCGAGCUCGUCGAAACCGCUCGCCAUACCGUCAAUUGCUCAUCGCAUUUCGUUUAGGGACCGACUGAAAUUGCACAAGGACAAGGAUAAGGUGCUAACGAUACGCGAGUCGAAGGAGAGCAAGGAGCUGAGGGAGUCCUGUGACAUAGCGGAACCGUCCAGUAUACGUAGUGAUAGCGUUAGUGACAGUGAGAGAUCGACGGAGGCGCCUUGGAGUAAACUGAAGAAGGCGGCGAUCGUGCGCGACGCGAGUGAUCCGUGCUUGGCGCCCGCGAAACCUCGCGAAAAGGCCGUCGCGGCGAAGGAGAGCGCGACCAAAUCGAAGCCCUCCCUGCUCGUGCUGAACCGCGAGGUCAAAAACUAUAAGUCGAUCGAGGACCUCUCCCCCGAGUACGGCGGCCUUCCCUUCGUCAAAAAGCUAAAGAUCUUAAACGAGCGCCAGAAAUUAGCCGAGUUAGAGUCCGAAAUAACGAAACGUAGCUUUAGUUUAGACAUUCCAGACCAGCUGGGCGCGAAGGACGACACGCUGACGAGGUCGCGAUCGGAGGGCAGCAAAAUGCACGAGGAGCGCCCGACCGAUAAACUGCCCUCCAGCCCUUCCCACUCCGAAAGCAAUGAGACUUUGGAGCGCAGGCACCUGAAGUCGAUUCUGAAGAAGCUAUCGGAGGAGGUGCAGGUGCCGAGCUCGGCGCCGCCGGUCGUCGACGCGACCGAGUUCAAGAGACUAAUGCGAGCGCCUACGAUUGAGGGGUAUGCGGCUAGGCAUAGUAAACUAUCUAAGAGUGUUACUUUUAAUAGAGAUACUUUGCCUAGCCCACCCGGGUUGGUUAACGCCCUAGGUGGGUCCCAAAAUAUUUUCCCCGGGCCCAUCCCUCAAUCGGGGAACGGGAUCGGCGAGGAGCGCGAGGAGGAGGGUGGUAAAAUGCACGAGCUCGAGAAGUACGGCGUACUUCUGUCGUCGAAGGCGAAUCAGAUGAGGCUUUUUAAAGGUACGAUAGAGGAGGACUACGGAGAAAUGCUUAUAGCGAUUAAACAGAUAAUGACGAACCAAAUUCAGGAAAUGCAGGAGAAUUUUCAGCAGAAGUUCGUUCGGCUUGAAAAUGAAAUUAAAACGAGGGACCAGAUUAUUAAUCAGCUACGAGCACAUAUCCUAGAUCUCGAAAGGGCAAACGACAGCUCAAUUACGGAGUCAAUCGACACUAUCGCCAGUCGUAUACCAGCCUCGUGGGAGGAUCCGUCGACGAACGAGUCGAUCGAAAUCGAACACCUUCCCCGAUCGAUCUCGCCGCGCCUACACUCGGUAAUAGUCGACGUCGAAUCGGAUACCGACGCCGAAUGCGAGUCCGAGUUGGGCGACUCCUCGGAGCCCGGCUACGAAUCGGGCGAGUACGAGAACAACUCGAAUUGGGAACUCGAAAUGCUCGCCGAUCAGAUGCGGAAGAAGCGUUCGGCCAGCCUCGAUUACGGUAGCACGUCGAAGCCGCCGGUCAGGAGGCGCGUUCUGCGCGGCGGCAGUGCGGACACACACAAGUACGACUGACGCAAAGUGGUUUUUGUUUGGUGCCUAUUAGUAAUCAAAAAGAGUCUAUCGAACGUUAUGAAAGAACCAAAUAUUCUAUUCCUGUUUUUUUUGUAUUAGGAGAAAUUUAUACGUGAUUUAUUUGGACGAUCCCCCCAAUCCCCAACGAUGACGAUGUACAAAAUGAUGUCCUAACAAGUCUUAUGAAUGAUGAAUCUCGCUUAAACAAUAAGAGAAGUAAAAUGACGAAAUGUAUUAUAGAGUGCCAAAUUUUCCGUUUUGAAAACUCUACAAUAUGUGAUUUUCUCUUGUUUUUCAUAAAAACGAGUGCCGACCUAACUAUAGAAUCUCGAAUUUUAGGGAAUUUAAAUUUAAAUCAGCACAAACUCCUCCCCCCUCCCUCCCAGAGAGAAAGUGAUGUUUACGAAUAGUUAUUAUUAUCGCUAUUGGUUGUUACACAAUUUUUACUUACUAAGAGCCAAACUUAAUUCAGUAGAUAGUGAAAUAUUUUUAGAUAAUAAUAAAUUAAAUGAUGUAGAUAUUAUGUAUAAAAAAAAGAAAGGUGAAAUGUUUCUUUCGUAGGAGUAUAAGGUCACAUAAAUUAUAGAAAAAUAAAACAACUAAUUCA